UGUUCAGAAAUUAUAACAUCAUCAUCAUCAUGUUAUAAAUAUCGUUUUGCAAUUCAAAUUCAAAUCUCAUUCCUCACCAAUCAAUCUAGAAAUGACAAUGAAAGCCAAAUCGAUUCUUACUACGGUUUUGAUUUUGAUCAACAUCAUCAAUCUUUGUUCCUGGAUUAUUGCAGACAAUGUGACCAUUUCGGAGAAACCAAUGCAAAGACGUUAUUUCUAUACGGAUGAUUCUAUGCAACAAAGUAUAGAAUUGAAAAUCGACAAGCAAGAACAUCAACAACUACAACAAAGAAUGCUUCUUGCAUUCGGUUUAAAACACAAGCCUAGACCGAAAAACUAUGAAAGCGAAGAAUCAGCAUCAAAUUUCCUAAUAAAUCUUUACUAUUCUUACAAUAAUGGUCAUCCAUCUCCGGUUCAGGAUUCGAAUCUCAUUCCAAACGAAUAUCUGCUAAAUAUGGCCAAAUCAAAUAUGGUCAUCAGUUUUAAUAAUCAAAUUCGAAAACAACAAAACAAUUCAAAUUUAAGCUACAAACUUAAUCGACGAUUCUGGUUCAACAUUAGUGAUAUUCAAAGCGAUUCGAAAAUCAUCGCCGCUGAAUUGAGAAUCUAUCGAAACGAAACUCAACAACUCAAAUCGAAUGCGCAGUCGUUUCAAAUGACACUUUUACAAUUUGUCUCUAAUCACGGUGAAAUAGUGAACAAAUCUAUUGUUUCAAUUCAAAUUAAUCAUCAACAAAAAGGAUGGUUACGAUUUAAUGUUACCACGGCAUUAAUAGAUUGGCUACAAUUUCCGGAUCAAAAUCUUGGUCUCUAUCUACAGAUUCGGGCACUGUCCAACAACAACACAGUAAUAACAGACCAAGAUCUUAAUCUUCAAAGCAUUGGGAUAGUGAAUCGUCGUGGCUCAAAAAAAUACAAACCAUUCAUGACGGCAUUUAUCAAAUUGAAUGCCAAAAAUAUGCUGCUUACACCAUCAAAACGAAUAUUAAGGAAAAAAUUGCGUAUUCGACGAAAUGAUGCUGAUUUGUUCAAUUCAAAUUCUACCGAAUCGAAAUAUCCUUUUCUGAAGAAAGGAAAGGCUUCAUAUAAGUGUCAACGCCAUACACUAUACGUUUCUUUUCGUGAUAUAAAAUGGGACGAAUGGGUAAUCGCACCGGAUGGCUUUUCCGCAAACUAUUGUCACGGAAUCUGUUCAUUUCCAACCGAUGAUUCUAUGAAUGCCACUAAUCAUGCCAUUAUUCAACAGCUACAUCGAAUGAUGCAUCAUAAAGUACCGAGACCAGUUUGUGCAACCAUAUCAUUGUCACCGAUAUCGAUACUUCAUCUGAACAACGAAUCGAAUAUUAUUCUUCGAAAAUUCGAUAACAUGGUGGCCAAAUCCUGUGGUUGUGUGUGAAAUGGCU